AUCACUACAGGCGUAAUCUGCAGUUCAGCACAAUCUUGUUUCUCUUGCACAAACGCACAAAUGGCGUCCCUGGCACAGCAAAUUGGUGGUCUGAGAUGCCCAUCUCUCUCAACAACUCAUCUAUCAAGAAAAUCCUCUUUCAGUUAUAACAGUACCAAUCAAACAAUCAAGAGAGUUCAAACAACGAAGGCUGCUGCUGCUGUUGUAUCUAACGCGCAAACCAGAGAGAGGAUGAAACUGAAAGAGAUGUUUGAAGAGGCUUACGAGAGGUGCCGCACAGCUCCGUAUGAAGGUGUUGCAUUCACCGUUGAAGAUUUCCACAGUGCCAUCGAGAAGUUCGACUACAAUUCUGAAAUCGGAUCCAAGGUGAAAGGUACAGUUUUCAAUGUAGAUGCCAAUGGAGCAUACAUUGACAUAACUGCAAAAUCUUCUGCAUUUUUACCUGUUAGAGAAGCAAGUAUUCAUGGCAUAAAGCAUGUAGAAGAAGCAGGCAUAGUCCCUGGUAUGCGUGAUGAAUUUAUAAUUAUUGGUGAAAAUGAACAUGAUGAUAGCUUAAUCUUGAGCUCACGCCAAAUUCAGUAUGAUCUUGCAUGGGAAAGAUGUAGACAACUUCAAGCCGAAGAUGUUGUUCUUAAGGGUAAGGUUGUUGGUGCCAAUAAAGGUGGAGUUGUUGCAAUUGUUGAGGGACUUCGUGGAUUCGUUCCAUUUUCGCAAAUUUCCUCCACUUCAAAUGCGGAAGAGCUUCUUGAGCAAGAAAUUCCAUUAAAGUUUGUGGAGGUAGAUGAAGAACAAUCAAGACUCAUUUUGAGUAACCGUAAGGCCAGGGCUGAUAGCCAGGCACAACUCGGAAUCGGUUCAGUUGUGACUGGAACGGUUCAGAGCCUGAAACCCUACGGGGCUUUCAUUGAUAUUGGUGGAGUCAAUGGGCUUCUCCAUGUUAGUCAAAUCAGUCAUGAUCGUGUCUCUGACAUUGCAACCGUUCUUCAACCUGGUGAUACUCUCAAGGUGAUGGUAUUAAGUCAUGAUCGUGAGAGAGGGCGUGUUAGUCUAUCUACCAAGAAACUAGAGCCAACUCCUGGAGACAUGAUUCGCAACCCGAAGUUAGUUUUUGAGAAGGCAGAGGAGAUGGCUAUGACCUUCAGACAAAGAAUUGCGCAAGCUGAAGCCAUGGCUCGGGCUGACAUGCUUAGAUUCUCCCCCGAGAGCGGAUUGACUUUGAAUUCGGACGGGACGUUAGGUCCACUUGGCGCAGACUUGCCUGCAGAGGGUUUGGAUUUAAACGAAAGCCCACCGGGCGAAGAAGUUUAAAUGUAUCUUUUCGUUUGUUGUAUUUAAUGUAAAAAAGAUAAUUAUGCUUCAUAUGGAAGCCACAAAGUGAUUUCCCAUUCCAUUUCGGUCUCUUUGUUGUUGUAUUUAAUGUAGAAAGAUUCUUUUGCAGAGCUAGAUAAUUGCAAAUUUUAUCUCAUUCAGUUUAA